AUGAAGUCCCCCGUUGAGAAUCGGGACCCAAAGAUAUACUGUCAAUUCCACGAAGAUGUAGGUCAUGACACCAAAGACUGUAGGAGCCUGAAAAGGGCCUUGGACGGGUUGGCAUCUAAGGGGAAUCUAAAGAAUUACUUGCAGAAGAAUACCCAUGGUCCUGGGUCAUCUCAUGAUGCUAAUGUGCGUUUAAAACGAUAUCUUAGCACCUAUUUUCAUAGUAAGGAUCUUGGCGCUCUAAAAUAUUUUUUGGGUAUUGAGGUUGCCCGAGGUACAAAGGGUUUAUUUAUUUCUCAAAGGAAGUAUGCCUUAGAUAUUUUGUCAGAAGAAGGAAUGAUAGGUUGUAAGCCAAUUGAUACUCCUAUGGAACAAAACUAUUGUCUUGCACAAGCAAAAGGAGCGCCUUUUUAUUAUCCAGAUCAGUAUAGGCGUUUGGUUGGUCAAUUGGUUUAUUUUUCUAUUACUCGCCCUGAAUUAAGUUAUUUUGUUCAUACUCUCUCACAAAUUUUUAGUGCUUCACAGGUUGCUCAUUGGGAUGCCGCUCUUCGUGUUUUGAGGUAUAUUAAAGGGAGCUCGGGUCAGGGAACCUUGAUGCAACCCAUGAGUACAUGUAGGUCGUUGUCCUCUUACUUUAUUUUUCUUGGAAAAUCCCAUGUCUCUUGGAAAACAAAGAAACAACUUACUCUUUCUCAGCGGAGGCUGAGUAUUGUUCGAUGGUUGUGA